UUGGCUCUCAUUCACGCGCUUCUCCUCAUUUCCCAGCCAGGUGCUUCACGGGGCGAGAAUCCUCCGAGAAAAAUAGCGUGCAAACAGAUCGCGGAAACUUCGCUUACCGCGCUGGAUUUUGUGGCGCGCCUGACUGUUCUUCUCUCAGCCGAAUAGUGUCGUUUUGAAGAAGAGAAAUCUUUCAACUUUGCGACAAACACGGAAGAAUUAGUGGAUUUUUCCCCCAUUGAUUCCGUUUUCCUACUCCUCCGGCUCUCCAGAAGUGGCAUGAUCCGUGUCUGUCUGCAGGACAGGUGAAUACUAUUUUCUCUUGGUUGGUCGAAGAACUUUUUGUUCUUAUUUUAACAGGGAACCGUAAAAAUGUCAAAGCCGGUAGAUCACAUCAAGAGACCCAUGAACGCCUUCAUGGUCUGGUCAAGAGGCCAGAGGAGGAAAAUGGCUCAAGAGAAUCCCAAAAUGCACAAUUCAGAAAUAAGCAAAAGACUUGGCGCCGAAUGGAAGCUGCUCUCUGAAUCCGAGAAGCGACCAUACAUCGACGAGGCCAAGAGGCUGAGGGCUCAACACAUGAAAGAACACCCAGACUACAAAUACAGACCCAGGCGCAAGCCCAAGAACCUCCUCAAGAAGGACAGGUACGUGUUUCCUCUGCCCUACCUGGGCGACACGGAUCACCUGAAAGGACUUCCGCUCUCAGCCACGGACUCGCUCUUAGGUUCCUCGGAAAAAGCCCGUGCGUUCCUGCCGCACACAUCAGCCCCUUACUCCUUCUUCGACCCGAGUCAGUUCAGCUCCAGCGCUAUCCAGAAGAUGACAGAGAUGCCCCACACGUUGGCCACCAGCACUUUACCUUACGCAUCUUCUCUGGGAUACCAGAACGGCGCAUUCGGGAGCCUGAGUUGCCCCAGCCAGCACACCCACACCCACCCGUCGCCCACAAACCCUGGGUACGUGGUGCCGUGUAACUGCACCGCAUGGUCGGCAUCGAGUUUACAGCCGCCUGUUGCCUACAUACUGUUCCCAGGUAUGACCAAGAGUGGGAUUGACCCGUACUCAGCAGCACAUGCCGCUGCUAUGUGACUUCACCACUAAAAACAGUCUCCUCUUUUGAAAACUUGAAUACAGCAAUGCAUGUACAUAAGAAGAGAGGAAUGAUCAAGACAUUUAUACUGCGGCCGUGUGGACAUGAACUUUUCACCAUCUACGAGAGGUUCCUUGGAUCCCAGCUUGGAUCUUGGAAUAGAUGUAAGGCAGGUGCCCAGAACUGUAAGAAAUGUAAAUGUUCAAACGUUUAUUAUUAUAGCUACCGG